CACUUGCUUUCCAGUUGCUUUAACAGUGAUAGCAGAUUGCCUCAGUGCAAGUGAAGCAGGAGCAGAAAAAGAGCCCUCUGUCUCUCUGAUAACAGCCAAAAACCAUGGCCAGUAAAAUCCAGGGUUUGAGUGAGGAGGAGAGGGGGCACUUACUCCCCCUGCUCAGGAACGCCCAGUGGGUGGAGGUGGUGGGAAGGGAUGCCAUCUACAAAGAGUUCAUCUUCAAAGACUUCAACCAGGCCUUUGGCUUCAUGUCCAGGGUGGCACUACAAGCUGAGAAGAUGGACCAUCACCCAGAGUGGUUUAAUGUGUACAACAAGGUCCAGAUCACACUCAGCACACAUGACUGCGGGGGCCUCUCCCAGAGAGACAUCACUCUGGCUACCUUCAUCGACCAAGCAUCUGUCCUCUGAGCAACUCAUGGCCUGCAGCCAUUUCAGUCUAUCAGUUCCAACCAUUUCAGUUUGUCAUUUCAAUGGCGGAACCCAGAGCAGAGGAUGCCUAUUCAUCCCUCUCCAUAUGUUCAUUCAGAUGACUAACCUGGGACAGGAACAGGAAAUGAUCAAACAGGAAAUUACGUCACAGAAUCCCAAUUAAUGUUUGUUUAAAGGUCACUUUCAAUUCAUAAUGUAACAUUUAGCAGGUGUGGUGUUUGUUGCUAAACUGAUGAAGCCAAAUAUAUCUUUAAAAUUU